AUGUCAAAAAUGGAGCAACCCUAUGUGUACGCUCAGCCACAACCAGGCACAGGCCCUUCGGCUCCGUCUCUACAAGGCAGUGACAUCGCCAGAGCGAUAGUGGAUCAACGGUUCUGCGCUCCGUACCCCGUUGAUAUUACGAUAGUGCGGAAGUUGAUGAGGUUAAAGCCCGGUAACUUCGUUAUAACGGACGUGAACGGAGACAUGCUGUUCAGAGUGAAGGACCCGGUGUUUGGUUUUCACGACAAGAGGAUUUUAUUGGAUGGUUCUGCAUCUCCAGUCUUAAAUAUGAGAGAGAAGAUAGUGAGCUUGCAUCAAAGGUGGCGAGUAUUUAGAGGAGUAAGUAAGGAGCAGAAAGAUCUGCUGUACACGGUGAAGAGAUCUUCGUUGCUUCAGUUUAAGACGAAACUUGAUGUGUUUUUGAGCCACAAUAAGGAAGAGAAGAUAUGCGAUUUCCGAGUCAAAGGGAGCUGGUCCGAGAGUUCUUGUGUCAUUUACGUAGGUGAAUCUGACACCAUUGUUGCCGAAAUGCAGACGAAUGAUACGUUGAGGAGCGUUUUGUUCGGAAAGGACAAUUUCUCGGUGACGGUUUAUCCAAAUGUAGAUUAUGCUUUCAUUGCCUCUCUCAUCGUCAUUCUCGAUGAUGUAAACCGAGACGCUGCUGCCGCCGCUUCCGCCAUCAGCCGGACAAUGAUUAAAGGAAUAGCCCUCAUCAAAACUUUAACUUCGAAUUCUGUGUUUCUAAAAAAGUUGAAGGACCCGGUGUUUGGUCUUCACGACAAGAGGAUUUUAUUGGAUGGUUCUGCAUCUCCGAUAGCGAGCUUACAUCGCAGUUGGCAAGUAUUUAGAGGAGUAAAUAAGGAGCAGAAAGAUCUGCUGUAUACGGUGAAGAGAUCAUCGAUGAUUCAGUUUAAGACAAAACUUGAUGUGUUUUUGAGUCACAAUAAGAAAGAGAAGAGAUGCGAUUUUCGAGUCAAAGCAACCUGGUCCGAGCGUACUUGUGUCAUCUACGCAGGUGAAUCUGACACCAUUGUUGCCCAAAUGCACAAGAAUAAAACGUUGCAGAGCGUUUUCUUGGGAAAGGAAAAAUUCUCUGUGACGGUUUAUCCAAAUGUAGAUUAUGCUUUCAUUGCCUCUCUCAUCGUCAUUCUCGAUGAUGUAAACCGAGACGCUGCUAUCGCCAUCACCACCGCUAGUUUGAUCUGA